AUGUUAUACGAUAGAAAUCAAGUACAACAAAUACUUGAAAAUGAUGAAUUCAUACCAAUGAUACGAGACAAUAUUAAUACAAUUUAUUGGCAUAUUAAAACUACGAAAAAUGCAUUCAAAAAUAUUGAUAACCAAUAUGAUGAAUCACUUACAGAUUUAGAAGAACUGACACCAUUCCAAUUUAUUGACUCUGAUAAUGAAGAAGAUAUCGAACCUUAUACAAAAGAAGAAUUUAUUCAAGAAUUUAAAAACCUACCAUACGGAUUAUUUACUUCAACGGAUAUUAAAAAAUUAGAAAAAUUAAAUGAACAACUCCACCAAGAAAUAAGCUUUAAUAAAAGCAUAAUUACAGGAUAUAAAAAGAUUAGAGACCGAUUUAAUGGAGGAAAAUACCUUUUGAUGUUUGAACCUCAGACUGACCAUGAAUAG